GAGAUGGCGUCUGUGCCUCACGGUAAUUUUGUGCCUCAUUCAUCGCCUUUAUCAGUAUCUUAUUCUUAUGGUCCACGUUCUUCUCCACCUCAAAACAACGAAAAAAAUAAAGAUGCUGAAGUUUGUUACACAAACGAGGCCGACAUACAAAAUCAACGACCUUCAAGAACUUUGCCAAAUCCCUUAAAAAAUUUGAGUGCCCAAAAGAACAGCAGAUCAAUACUUAAAAAUCCGUCUGAGGGAAGAGGAGAGUCACAAGAAAGGAGAGGUUUUAAGCAUGGUUCAAAUCAGAGUUUAGCUAGUAAUUCUGAAAAGAAGUCUGUCAACAAUAACAGCAAUAGACAACCUGUUCAACGCAAAGAAACUUUAAAAACUGUGGCUUUUGGGUUAACCACAAAGUUGGAGGAAACUGUUUUGGGAAAAGAAGGGAAGGUACCUGCAACACCUCGUGAUGGAAGAACAAAAACUAUAAUAUUUUCUCAUGAAGCUCAGUCCUUGCAUAAAUUGAUUCAAGACCAGAAACAUCAAAUAGACACAUUACGCGAUACUAUUGAAGAUUUGAGGGCAGAACAGGAAAAUCAACGUGUUGGGUCUCGUGAAUUAAUUGAUAUUAUUUCAGCUCUCGCUACUCGUUUACAAGAAGUGGAAAAACAAAAAACUACGGCAAAUACAAGCCUUCCAUUAAUUUCGAAUUUGUCACUCAAAAAUUCCAACAAAAAAGAGUUGCCAACAAAAUCAGCACCAACAAAAGUAGAUAAAGCGACAUCGAUUGAAAACGUUCCAAACAACAACCAAGAAGUCAGACAAAACAAAGAAAAUAGAGGAAAUUCUGCUGAUUUGGUACUUCAUCAACGUAAUGAUUUUCUUCGCCGGUUGGAAUCUGAAAUGACUAAAAAUCCUCGUUUUGAGCAAAGAUUACAUUCAAUGUUGAGGGUUUGGUCUGAAGAUAGUUCUGUUCCUCCUGCUAUUUAUAGUAAAAACAACAAUCUUCCACAAGAAAACGAGGAAAGUUGUGGUCCGUCAAUGGUUAUGAGAGUGACAACUCAACGACAAGAAAUUUUCUAUACAUCCCCAGGUCGAUGUUCUAAUAAUGUUAGACGAUUCCCUCGUGCUGAAAAUAUAAGGGAUGGUGACAGACAGAGACAUAAUUUUCGAAGAGAGAGGGAAGAGAAUAAUCUUAACAAUACAAAACCGAAUAUUAAGGUUGUUGAAUUGGAUGAUGAUGGAGAAGAAAAAGAAAAUAGCUUAAAUGAAGAAAUUAAUGAUCAUCAACGUCAUCAAACAAUGUCAAAAAAUGUUCGUAGAAGUGAACAAAUUGGGACAGACGAAGCUGCUGAAUUUUUUCCACAAAGACAAAGUUUUGAAGAUGAAAAUGAUGAGGAUGACGGAGGGGAUGAAUUUUUUGUUGGAGGUGAUCAUCAGGAGAGAAGAGGACGGGAACGAGAUUCAAGUCGUCAUCAUCACAAUAAUACUCAUCUUAAUCAAACUUUUGAUGAUGGUCACAAUAAUAAUAAUAAUCAACAUCGUUAUCCAUUUACUACUCGACGUCGAAAGCGUGAAGCAACAUCUACAAUACGAAAUCGUUACCGUUAA